AACAACAAGUGUGUCAACAACAACGGAACCAAGCUCUGAGAGUGUUAUCUUCCAAACCGCUUUGAGAUAAACCACGAUUGAAAACCUGGAUAUCCGUGAAUAACUUCAGAAGACUGGAAGCGACGGUUUAACUUCUGAAGUUGACUUUUUGUUUUCGCCUUAAGACCUCAAUACUUGGGCAGUCCACUGACACUUGACGACCAGCGCUUUCUCUUUGGAUAACAGCUUUUUCUAUCAAGUGCUUCGUGCAUCCUUUUUUUUGUGCAGAGGAGAUAUGACCGCAUUAGCGGGGGGCAUUUCCAGGAUGAUGCGCCCCACGCCACCCCAAAACUACCCGAGAGGAGGCUAUUCCUUGGAGGUCUCCACGCCUUUAGGUCAGGGCCGCGUGAACCAGCUCGGAGGAGUCUUCAUAAACGGGCGGCCUUUGCCCAAUCACAUCCGCCACAAGAUAGUAGAGAUGGCCCAUCACGGCAUCCGACCGUGCGUCAUCUCCCGGCAGCUGCGCGUCUCACACGGAUGCGUGUCCAAAAUUUUAUGCAGGUACCAGGAGACCGGUUCCAUCCGGCCCGGGGCUAUUGGUGGCAGCAAACCCAAGCAGAGCACAACUCCCGAUGUGGAAAAGAAAAUUGAGGAAUACAAGAGAGAGAAUCCAGGGAUGUUCAGCUGGGAGAUUCGGGAUAAACUUCUGAAAGAUGGAAUCUGCGAUCGGAAUAACGUUCCUUCAGUGAGUUCCAUCAGCCGCAUGCUGCGCUGUAAAUUUGGUGGAAACGGAGAUGAAGAUGAGGAUGACGAUGAAGUGGAAAAAAGAGAGAUCGAGGAAAACGAAAGAAGAGCCAAGCACAGCAUCGACGGGAUUCUUGGAGACAGAUCAAGUCACUCCGAUGAGGGCUCAGAUGUGGACUCAGAGCCUGGUUUGCCGUUAAAGAGGAAACAGCGGCGCAGUCGGACCACGUUCACAGCCGAGCAGCUAGAAGAGCUGGAGAGAGCCUUCGAGCGCACACAUUACCCUGAUAUUUACACCAGAGAAGAGCUCGCUCAGAGAGCCAAACUCACAGAGGCACGAGUGCAGGUCUGGUUCAGUAAUAGACGGGCUCGCUGGAGGAAGCAGGCAGGAGCCAAUCAGCUCAUGGCAUUUAACCACCUGAUACCUGGUGGUUUCCCUCCCUCUGCCAUGUCGAGCCUUCAGCCGUAUCAACUGGCGGACUCUCCUUAUCCUCCCUCGUCUAUUUCACAAGUCUCAGAGCAGCCCAGCACUGUGCACAGGCCCCAGCCUCUUCCCCCCACCUCAGUGCAUCAGUCUGGGCUUGGCAGUGGACCGGGGGCCCAGGAGGGGAGUUCGGCCUACUGCCUCUCCUCUGGACGUCACGGCUUCUCUGGUUACUCAGAUGGAUAUGUGGCCGCACCGGGCCACGCAAACCCAGUGAACCCCUCCAUCAGCAACGGCCUCCCAUCACAGGGCAGGGAUUCUCGUUGUCAUGACGAUGUUGGAACUUGGAGCGUCUGGGAUUCUAAUUAUGGAAUGCUCCAGACUCCUAAUUGA